UGCUAUAUAUUCUUCAUGCACUUCUCUCUAUUGAAAUCACAUUCAAUCAAGUUUUUGUGCUCAAACAUUCCAUCUUUCCUAUACUACUAAUUUAGAACUAGUUCUAUAAACCUUUCAUAAGGUGGGCAAACAGUGAGGUGAUAAGUCAGACCUACAAUCAUGUAUAAAGUUGCAAGUGCAUCCGAAUACCUAGUGAUCACCGGGGUUGGCAUCCCCGACAUAAAAAUUGCGAAAAAGGCAUGGGUUCUUCCUGGCCAAUGCUGUGCAAUCUUCGACGUGUCGCCUGUAAAUUACACUUUCGAAGUCCAAGCCAUGAGUGCUGAGAAACUUCCUUUCGUUCUGCCCGCAGUCUUCACUGUUGGCCCCCGUAUUGACGACAAUGCCAGCCUCCUUAAAUAUGCCAAACUCAUCUCUCCCCAUGACAAGCUCUCUAAUCACGUCAAAGACCUCGUCCAAGGCAUCAUCGAAGGUGAAACACGUGUGCUCGCUGCCUCAAUGACCAUGGAGGAGAUCUUCAGAGGAACCAAAGAGUUCAAACAAGAAGUUUUUGAGAAAGUUCAACUUGAACUUAACCAAUUUGGGCUUUUAAUCUACAAUGCCAAUGUUAAACAACUUGUUGAUGUUCCUGGACAUGAGUACUUUUCAUACUUGGGUCAAAAAACACAAAUGGAGGCUGCUAACCAAGCCAAAGUUGAUGUUGCCGAAGCGAAAAUGAAAGGAGAGAUAGGGUCUAAGCUUCGAGAAGGACAAACCCUUCAAAACGCUGCGAAAAUUGAUGCGGAUACAAAGAUUAUAUCGACGCAAAGGCAAGGAGAGGGGAAAAAAGAGGAAAUUAGGGUUAAGACCGAUGUGAAAGUUUUUGAGAAUCAAAGGGAGGCUGAGGUGGCGGAGGCAAAUGCUGAGUUGGCAAAAAAGAAGGCGGGGUGGGCCAGAGAGGCACAAGUGGCGGAGGUGGAGGCGACAAAGGCGGUGGCACUCCGGGAUGCGGAGUUGCAGAGGGAGGUGGAGAUGAUGAAUGCAUUGACUCGGACGGAGAAGCUUAAGGCUGAGUUCUUGAGCAAAGCUAGUGUUGAGUAUGAAACAAAGGUACAAGAGGCAAAUUGGGAGCUCCACAACAAACAGAAAGCAGCCGAAGCAAUUCUGUACGAGAAACAGAAAGAAGCCCAGGCCCAAAAAGCCACGGCUGAGGCUGCUUUCUAUGCCCGCCAACAACUUGCUGAUGGAGAAUUAUAUGCUAAACAAAAAGAAGCUGCAGGGCUUAUAGCGCUCGCACAAGCCCAAGGGGUUUAUAUACGCACGCUUUUGGACGCGUUAGGAGGGAAUUACAAUGCUCUUAGAGAUUACUUGAUGAUCAAUGGUGGGAUGUUUCAGGAGAUUGCCAAGAUUAAUGGCGAGGCGGUUCGUGGGCUGCAGCCUAAAAUUAGUAUUUGGACUAAUGGUGAUGGCGGUGAGGGUGGUGCUAUGAAGGAGGUUGCUGGUGUUUAUAAGAUGUUGCCACCAUUGUUUAAGACUGUUCAUGAGCAAACUGGAAUGUUGCCACCAGCAUGGAUGGGUGCCUUGCCUAACUCCAAUAAUGUGAACUAAUGAGUCAUGCAUAAGAUGGAGAUUCUUUGUAGUUGGUAAAUUGGGCCUUCAUGGGCUGUCAUAUAAUUUGAACCGUUCAACUUUUAAGAACUUUUGAGUAGAUAAUUUAUGUAAAAAAAUUAGGUUGAUCAAAUAAUCGUAAUCACGUGAUGAUAUCACAUUUGUCCUCAAAAUAAUGGACAAUGUCUAUUUUCAAAAUUAUACUUGCCAUGUAUUUUUUUGAAAAUAAAUAUGAACCAAUCAUGUGAUUACAAUUAUUUGAUCAACCUGAUUUGGCAUGGAUAAUCUGUUACAGAGCCUUAAAAGAUAAACGAUUUAGAUAAUGAGGUGAUCCUAUGGUGAGCUCAUAGAGGCCCAACUCUAGCUGUGAUUUCUCACUGGAAAGAAUCUCCUUACUUACGAACUUGGCAUUGUGAUGUGGAUUAGGAGGUUAAAAGAUUAAAAAUAUUUAUUUUAUGAUAAAAAUAAUUUUUCACAUAUAAAAAUCAAAUUUUAUAUAAAAAUUUCAUACAAUUUGAUUUAACAUAUUUUGGUCAUAUUAAUGAAAGACACCGCGUUUUGGGCUUAGGAUGUCAAAUUUUGUUUUUUGGUUUUUUUGAACAUGGGAUGUCAAAUUUGAAUCUAAAUUUUUGCAUUUACUUUACAUUUUCUUGAAGAAGUUGAAAUAUGUAAUCGUAUGGACGCCAUUUUAUGUGUUCUUAUGUUUGUGUUUAGUUAUGUUUCUUUUGAUCAAAAGACUUAUAUGUACAUUUGUUCGUUUCAAAUAAAUACAGUGUAUGAUAAAAAUAUUAAUAAGUGGUGGUUUGGGAUGAUCUAAAUAAAUGCACUUUUUGAC